AUGCAUGUUGCUGGGGGGUUCUACGCACAUGGUGCGGCGUGGUGGACUGAGGGGGAUGGCGUUCGCGCGCGGCUGGGGAGGAUAGCGGCCGAGAGGGAGAUUCAAAGGGCGAUGAAUGAUUUCAUGAAUUUUUCUCAAUGCUCAGAUGAGUGGCCUGAGGUUGAGGCUCAUCCAUUAGUCCCACCAGCAGUUGGGAGAUUACCUAGAAGGCCCAAGAAAUAUCAAAGGAGGAGAAGCAAAGAUGAAACCAGCGGAAAAAAUCUGAGUACACAUCAAACUGGCAAUGGUGUGAGGCUCAGCAAAAAAGGAGUGGUCAUGAAAUGUUCAUUUUGUAAGCAACCAAAUCAUAAUGCUAGGGGUUGUCCAAAAAAACCUGUUUCAGAAAAAACCACUCAAGGGUUAGAUGUGCCAGCUGCCAAUGAGAAUGCAAGAAAGGCCACAAGAUCAAGAAUUAACAAACCAAUUUCUGCAUCAAGAAGUGAAGGGUCAAAUGUGUUGUCAACAACAAAUGAAGUUGGAGGAGUGGCCACAAGAUCAAGAACUAAAAAUCCAGCUUCUGCAUCACCAAAUGAAACUGGAAGAAUGGCUACAAGGGCAAACAGUAAGGGUACUAAAAGAGUUCUUGAAGUGGGUGUUUGUGGUGGAGCUGAGCCUUUCAAAGUUGCUACUACCCAACAAUCUCAGAAUGCACAUAAAGCCAAAAAAAUUAACAUUCACAAGGGGAAGGAUAAGAGGAACAAGACCCCUGAAAAAGCUAGGCAUUAG